AUGGACUACAGCCGGCUGAAUGCGAACAUCAAUACGGGCAACAUUAGCACCGAUGAGUUCCUGGCGGUCUUCACCACCGGCCGAACGUCGGCGGAGAAUGCCACCCUUAAUCCGCCCCUCCUGGCCGUCGAUGGGCAGCUGACCCUGCCAUCUGGCUCCGGAUCGGGACUAGGUUCCGGUUACAUCAAUGUGAAUGAUACGAUAUACCUGCUAAAUGGUAGCUUUUACAAUAGCAGCCUCCAGCUCGCCGGUGGCUACUACAAUCAGACCUCCGGAGCGGCGACAUCCGGCAACCUGACCAAUCCGAAUCUCACAGAGGUCCAUUGGGACGGACGCUAUCCCAGUGGCUAUACGCUCACACACAUUGUGAUCGCCUCCAUUAUUGUGACCAUCCUGAUGAUCAUCAUUGUGGUGGGCAACAUGCUGGUGAUCAUAGCCAUUGCCACGGAAAAGUCACUGAAGAAUAUCCAAAACUGGUUCAUCGCCUCACUGGCGGUGGCCGACUUCUUCCUAGGCCUCAUCAUAAUGCCCUUCUCGCUGGCCAAUGAGCUGAUGGGCUACUGGAUCUUCGGCAGUUGGUGGUGCGACAUCCAUUCGGCGAUGGACGUGCUCCUCUGCACCGCCUCGAUCAUGAACCUGUGCCUCAUCUCGCUCGAUCGCUACUGGAGCAUCACCAAGGCGGUGGACUAUCUCAAAUCACGGACGCCGGCGAGGGCAGCCGUCAUGAUUACGGCUGUAUGGAUAAUGUCCGCCGUCAUCUGCAUUCCCCCGCUGCUGGGAUGGAAGGUCAAGAGGCCGGAGGGACAACUGCCCAAGUGUCAGCUAAGCGAUGACAUUGGCUACGUGCUGUACUCGGCACUGGGCUCCUUCUACAUCCCGAGCUGCAUUAUGGUCUUUGUGUACAUACGAAUUUACUUUGCCGCCAAGGCGAGGGCGAGGAGAGGCAUUAAAAAGCAUCCCCGCAAAACGAACAACGAACAGGUAACGAGCUUCACCACCGCCAACAAGAAAGGUACAAUACCGAUGCCCUCCUCCAGCGGCGCGGCCGCCCUGCAGCUGCACCAGCAGCGACAGAUAGCCACCAUUGAGACGCCGCCGAACAGUGCCACGCUGCCCAUGCAAAUACCCACGGUGACCAUGGACCUGGCCUCCGACAUCUCCACCUCGGAGGCCGGCGAAUUGGAGGCAGUGGCGGCACAGACAGUGCUGGCCUAUUCCAAUCCCAAUGGGGCGGGCACAAAUGCGACGGCGGUCACUGUGGUGGCCAGCGGGAAUGGUGGAGCAGGUGCACCCACCUCACCCAAGGAGACGUUGCAGGUGAGCACAAUAGCCACCGGUCGGGUGGGUCUCAAUGUGCCCGUCCCGCCAUCCAUGGGCAGCAACAACAGCAUUAAUGCGCUGAACAACAACAACGGCAGCGUGGUGGCCACAGAUACCGCUGCAGCGGUGACUGCCAGUGGUAAUGGCGGUAAUGGAAGUGCCGGCGGAGCCGUUGGACCGGCAACGCCGGGCAACGAGCUGCGCGUCUCACCGAUCGCCGGACGGUGUCGAGCUUUAUCCGUGGGCGUGGACACGGACAUGGUGAGUGAAUUUGAUCCCUCCAGCAGCGAUUCGGGCGUGGUCAGUCGCUGUGCCGUGGUCAAGCCGCUCAAGUUUCGCCUUUGCCAGCCGAUCUUUGGGCGCAAGUCCAAUCAGCAGCGUCGCAACGAGGCCAAAACGGCGGCCAAGAAUCAGCAGCAGACGAGCAAAAACCAACAGCAGCAGCAGCAGCAGCAGCAACAGCAGCAUCAGCAGCAGGUGGUGAAGGCGGAACUGGAGCCGGCCAUACCAAAGACACCGAAGCCCCGGGAUCCGGAGAAGGAGAAACGUCGGAUUGCAAGGAAAAAGGAGAAGCGGGCCACGCUGAUCCUGGGCCUAAUCAUGGGCAGCUUCAUUGCCUGCUGGCUGCCGUUCUUCUUUCUCUACAUCCUGGUGCCGGCCUGCGGUGACCUCUGCCACGUACCAGACUCGGCUUUCGCGAUCGCCUUCUGGCUGGGCUACAUGAACUCGGCCCUCAAUCCGGCCAUCUACACCAUCUUCAACAAGGACUUCCGUCGAGCCUUCCGGCGCAUCCUGUUCAAGUGAUGUUUGGCCUACGUGUGCUGUUACAGGUGCGUUUACGCCAGCAUCGAGAAGGCAACCGAACGUGCCAUGGGCAGCACACCCAUGGGCUAUGGUCAUGGCAUGUAUCAGCACUACAGGCGUUAGAUUUGCUUCGUAUUGGUAUAGAGUCCUGG